GCCACUUUGCCGUCGCUGCAGCCAUCGCUGUCGCCGCCGAGAGCCGAGCCCGGGUGGUUUUAGGAAAAGUCGGAGGCGGGUUUAAAGCCAGGUGCGCCGAGGCAGCUCGCCAUGUCCAGAUCCGGGGACCGGACCUCCACCUUCGACCCCAGCCACAGCGACAACCUGCUGCACGGCCUCAACCUGCUGUGGAGGAAGCAGCUGUUUUGCGACGUGACCCUGACGGCCCAGGGCCAGCAGUUCCACUGCCACAAGGCCGUGCUGGCCUCCUGCUCGCAGUACUUCCGAUCGCUCUUCUCCAGUCACCCCCCUCUCGGGGGAGGGGUCGGCAGCCAGGACGGCCUGGGGGCCCCCAAGGACCCACCGCAGCAGCCGCCGCAGCAGCAGCCGCCGCCGCCGCCAGCGCAGGAGGAGCCCGGCACUCCAUCCUCCUCCCCCGACGACAAGCUGCUGACCAGUCCCCGGGCCAUCAACAACCUGGUGCUCCAGGGCUGCUCGUCCAUCGGGCUGCGCCUGGUGCUGGAGUACCUCUACACGGCCAACGUGACCCUCUCCCUGGACACGGUGGAAGAGGUGCUGUCGGUCAGCAAGAUUUUGCACAUCCCCCAGGUCACCAAGCUCUGUGUGCAGUUCCUCAACGACCAGAUCUCGGUGCAGAACUACAAGCAGGUGUGCAAGAUCGCCGCGCUGCACGGCCUGGAGGAGACCAAGAAGCUGGCCAACAAGUACCUGGUGGAGGAUGUGCUGCUGCUCAACUUCGAGGAGAUGCGCGCCCUGCUGGAUUCGCUGCCGCCCCCCGUGGAGUCGGAGCUGGCGCUCUUCCAGAUGUCCGUGCUCUGGCUGGAGCACGACCGCGAGACCCGCAUGCAGUAUGCGCCCGACCUCAUGAAGCGCCUCCGCUUCGCGCUCAUCCCGGCCCCCGAGCUGGUGGAGCGGGUCCAGUCGGUGGAUUUCAUGCGCACCGACCCGGUCUGCCAGAAGCUGCUGCUGGACGCCAUGAACUACCACCUGAUGCCCUUCAGGCAGCACUGCAGGCAGAGCCUGGCCAGCAGAAUUCGCUCUAACAAGAAAAUGCUGUUAUUGGUCGGUGGAUUGCCUCCUGGGCCGGACCGGCUUCCCAGCAAUCUGGUUCAGUACUACGAUGAUGAAAAGAAGACCUGGAAAAUCCUCACAAUCAUGCCCUACAACAGUGCCCAUCACUGCGUCGUGGAGGUGGAAAACUUCCUGUUUGUGUUGGGCGGAGAGGACCAAUGGAACCCUAAUGGAAAACACAGUACAAAUUUUGUCAGCCGAUAUGACCCCCGAUUUAAUAGCUGGAUACAACUCCCGCCCAUGCAAGAACGAAGAGCCAGUUUCUAUGCAUGCCGGUUGGACAAACAUUUAUACGUGAUUGGUGGACGGAAUGAAACUGGUUAUUUGUCCAGCGUGGAGUGCUAUAACCUGGAAACAAAUGAAUGGCGUUACGUGUCUUCUUUGCCACAGCCUCUGGCGGCUCAUGCAGGAGCAGUGCACAAUGGGAAAAUAUACAUUUCAGGCGGUGUACACAAUGGAGAGUAUGUCCCGUGGCUAUAUUGCUAUGACCCCGUCAUGGAUGUCUGGGCUCGAAAACAAGAUAUGAACACAAAACGCGCUAUCCACACUUUGGCUGUAAUGAAUGAUCGCUUAUAUGCAAUUGGAGGAAAUCAUUUGAAAGGUUUCUCCCAUCUCGAUGUAAUGCUGGUGGAAUGCUAUGACCCUAAAGGUGACCAGUGGAAUAUUCUCCAGACACCCAUUUUAGAGGGUCGCAGUGGUCCUGGCUGUGCAGUGCUCGAUGACAGCAUUUACCUGGUGGGAGGCUACAGCUGGAGUAUGGGAGCCUACAAGUCAUCCACAAUAUGCUAUUGUCCAGAAAAAGGCAGCUGGACAGAACUCGAAGGAGAUGUGGCAGAACCGCUGGCAGGGCCAGCCUGUGCAACAGUUAUCCUGCCCGCCUGCGUACCUUACAACAAAUAACACCAGGAAACCCCGGAACGACACAUUCUAGGAAGCAGUGACAAGUGACAGCCCUGUUGUAGCCAGAACAAUGCAUUCUAAUGGUACAUCUGCCGAAACCCACUUUAGUGUCUGAUGAUUUACAAGAAGCUACAAAAGGAAAAGACCUGUUCUUGAAUGGAAACUCUGUCUGUAACUCGGAUCACAUCAAACUUCUGUGGUGACAGACUCUUCCAUUUCAGACUGGUUUUAACUUGUCUCAGCUUUACGAAAUCCCCCCACGUGGAUCUCGACUUUCAACAGGAGAAAGAAAAUACGGAGGAGUGCCCCCCGAGAGACCUGAGAUCAGUAUUGUGCAUUGUAGUUUACCUGCAUGUGAUCUAUGUUGAAGUUUUGGGGAUAUUGUGUUCAUGAAUGAUUCCAAAUUUGACCCACCCAAACACUCAUACUACAUUACAGAAAUGGCCACUGAUUCUAUAUUCCUAACCUGGGGCAGCUUCACAGAUUCCAGAGGCAACACAGUUAUAGAAAAUCAUGUAAGACUGAAGAGGAAUGUUUUUGUUUCCAUAGAACUUCAUUUUAUAUACCUUCUGCCCCUUACAGCACCUCGUGGGAACGGAGAAGAAAAAGAUAUUGGCUCUUGUGGCAACUCCUUUCUGCCCUAUCGGUUCCAGGCUAGCCAGAGUCAUAAAUUCUGUGUCCUCAGUUUUAUCCAAAAGAUUGAAACAAAAUGCACUAUUCAGUUUAUAGUGGCUGAGGCUUUCUCAUUUGGGGCAGCAUAUAAGGAGCGAACAGGGCCUCCCAGGUGGUGCUAGUAGUAAAGAACCCGCCUGCCAAUGCAGGAGG